UCAGAGACAGACGGGAUCACAGCCAUUCCUCAGAUAGAGGCAGAGCUCAGUAGUCUUUCUGAACGAAAUGGCAAUAAAAUAACCAAAUCCGUACUAGUAUAUCGUUGUUAUACACUUCUACUUGACCUCUACAACCUGUUUUAGGUCAGACGCCUCCGCCUGUCACCCACGCCUCCUCCCACCGCUGGGAGCCCGCCCACACCUCCUGGCCUCCCUCCACCUGGGUCCUGGAACUCCGCCGACCGACCGAAUCCAGCUGCAGGCGAAGGAAGCACCACUAUUCUAUUCCUCGUUCGAACGGCAACCGAUACACAACCGGCAGGCGCGCGAGACGUAUGAAAAGGCAAAUCCGAACGUGUGGUCAUUCAUCUCUAAUUCUAGACUACCCUAUAUCUAUAAACGAAAUUAUCAACAUUUUUAGAAAACUAAAAGGCUUUCAAUUACAGAAAGCAGAACAGAAGCGGGAGUUAAUGUUUUGGAGCUUCGCAUCAUCUCGGUGUUUUCUCCAGCUGCGCUCAACUCGAACACCGGUUCAGUUUCGUUCCAUCCAGAAUUCUGUCCACUGAAUGAAGAAUCUUUGCCACCCUGCGGUUUUGCUGGUCUAAAGUUCUGACGGACGGUUCUGACUUUGGAGGCGUAUUCUAAUAGACUGGACGGAGAAACAUUAGUCGUUCUAACAUAUCGAGUGGACGAGUCAGAGACUGGCUGGAAAUUAUUUGUUUGCCCUCAACACCGUAACGCAUGGUGGGAGUUUCUGCCUCUUUUCAGUAUCACACUGAGAAGUGCUCCACUAUGCCCGACUCACCUGCGGAUGUGAAAACACUAUCCAGGUUAACUCCAACCACCAUGCCUCCUCCUCCUCCAACCACCCAGGGAGCCCCUCGAACCAGCUCCUUCACACCUACUACAUUAACCAACGGCAACAACAGCCACUCCCCCACAGCAUUAAAUGGAGCUCCCUCGCCACCCAACGGCUUCAGCAACGGGCCUAGCUCCUCAUCUUCCUCGCUGGCGAAUCAGCUGCUCCCUCUUGCGUGCGGUGCCCGGCAGCUCAGCAAGCUGAAACGCUUCCUCACAACUCUACAGCAGUUCGGCAACGACAUCUCACCCGAGAUCGGAGAACGCGUCCGCAUGCUGGUGCUGGGGCUGGUGAAUUCCACGUUGACCAUAGAGGAAUUCCACUCCAAGCUCCAAGAAGCGACCAACUUCCCGCUCCGACCCUUCGUCAUCCCGUUCCUGAAGGCCAACCUGCCACUCCUACAGCGGGAACUGCUGCACUGUGCCCGUCUGGCCAAGCAGAACCCAGCUCAGUACCUGGCACAACACGAACAGCUCCUCCUGGACACCUCCCCCACCACCUCCCCCGUCGACUCCUCAGAACUACUCCUAGACAUCAACGACAACGGCAAGAGGAGAACACCUGACAGAACCAAAGUGAAUGGCUUCGACAGGGAUGGCCCCCUGCACCUGGAGACCUCCAGUAAGAGACUCUGUACGAUCAGCCCGGCAGGCCAACGGUUCAGCCCCUCCAACGGUCUCUCCUACCAACCUAACGGCCUGGCCCAUGGACACCCCACGCCGCCCCCUCCCCCGCCCCCACAGCACUACCGGCUGGACGACAUGGCCAUCACAAACCAUUACAGAGACUCACCACACUACCGCCACCCCAACCACAACCACCGCGAGCUCAGGGAGAGACCACGACCACUGGGAAUGCACGGGGCUCGUCAGGAAGAGGUGAUCGACCACCGGUUGACAGACAGAGAAUGGGGGGAGGAAUGGAAGCACCUUGACCAUGUAAGAAAACUGCUGAACUGCAUCAUGGACAUGGUGGAGAAGACGAGGCGUUCUCUCACCGUGCUGCGGCGCUGCCAGGAGGCCGACAGGGAGGAGCUUAACUACUGGAUCAGACGAUACAGCGAUGCGGAUGACCUGAAAAAAGGAGCCAGCAGGACCCAGAGCAGACAGCACAGUCCUACAGGACAGGACGACCUCACUACAGAGAUUCACCGGGAUCUUCUCCAUAGACCAGUGACGACCGGAUACGUACCUGAAGAAAUCUGGAAGAAAGCUGAAGAGGCUGUGAACGAGGUGAAGCGUCAGGCCAUGUCAGAGCUCCAGAAGGCGGUGUCAGAGGCAGAGAGGAAGGCCCAUGAGAUGAUCAGCACUGAGCGGUCCAAGAUGGAGCGUAUGGUGGCAGAGGCCAAGAGACAGGCAGCGGAGGACGCACUGACUGUCAUCAACCAGCAGGAGGACUCCAGCGAGAGUUGUUGGAACUGCGGGCGGAAGGCGAGCGAGACCUGCAGCGGCUGUAACACGGCACGCUACUGCGGCUCCUUCUGCCAGCACAAAGACUGGGAGAAACACCACCACGUGUGUGGACAGACUCUCCAGGCCUCCCAGGCUACUCAGCAGCAGCAGGGUACAGAGACCUCCACUACACCCUCUAGUAGAGCAGGCAGCCCAGCCGGAACCCCGCCUGCCACCACACCCCGCUCCGCCACUCCAGGAACCCCCUCUACGCUGGAAACCACGCCGCACUAAACCGGGAGCCAUCGGAGACUCCCAGUAGCCCAACAUGACUGACUCACUUCAUGCUAACGCGCUAACGCUACUUCUGUUGGAGUAGUGGAGGUUCCACACAGGAGGUUUAUACAUGUAGAUCAGUCACAUUGACUUGUCAUGAUUAACUAUGAACACAAAUAUAUUAUGAUUGUUAUUAUUACUAUUGCUGUUAUCAUUCG